AUGGUGUACAGGCUUAAGAAGGCAUUUUACUUGGUCAGUUUGGGAUUUAACAAAAGUGUUAGUGAGCCAACACUAUAUGUCAAGAAGAAUCAAGCUGAAAUACAGCUUAUUGUAUCCCUCUAUGUCGAUGACCUUUUGGUGACUGGAGGAGAUCAAGACAUGUUGGCUGAAUUCAAAGCCAAAAUGAAGGACAUGUUUGAAAUGUCUAACUUGGGGCUAAUGACAUACUUUUUGGGAAUGGAGGUUUUGUCCAAGUUCUCAAUGGAGAAUUGUAAGCCAACAAGCACUCCUAUUGCUGUUGGAAUGAAGCUGUCAAGCCAAGGAGAUCAUGAACCAGUCAAUGAGUCUAUCUACAUGAGCCUAACUUUCAAGCAAAGAAAGAAAGUGCUAAGGUACAUCAAAGGCACUCUUGACUAUGGUGUGUUAUUCAACAAAGCUGAAAGUUUGAAGUUGAGAGGCUAUACUGAUAGUGACUGGGCUAGUUCAAGUGAUGAUAUGAAAAGCACCUCUGGAUAUGCUUUUACCCUUGGCUCAACCAUGUUUUGUUGGAGCUCAAGGAAAUAA